AUGGCAACGCCGGUUGUUGAGCGGAUGAAGCAAGUUCGCUUGGGUCUUGGGUCUGCUCUAUGUGAAUCCGUAACGAAAAACACCACCGAGCUCGCCGUCUUUACCCAGGAGCACGAGGCGCACGAAGAGAUUCUGCUCGCCAAGUGCCCGCCGACAUUAUGGCCGCACGGCUCGUACCGCGCGAGCUGCCCCAGGCCGAUUCUCAUCUCCGAGAGCCACUGCAGGCAGCUCAAAGACUUGCAUGGCGCAUUGACGGCCGCCAUGAACGACAUUGUGUCGCGAUGGUGGAGGGACAAGGCCGCCAACUUUCCGGCACGCAUGCCACUGGAGGAGGAAGAGGAACAGCUGUUGCAGUGGCUUGAUGAGCAGGAGGAGCUCGGCAACCUACCCAAAUUCUCAACUCGUCAGGGCUCUUGGCGACCAGACUUUCUUGUUGAGGAAGUGCAUCACGAGGACGGCUCCAAGACGGAAAACUUUCGUCUCUCAGAGAUCAAUGCCCGUUUCUGCUUCAAUGGCUUCAUGCACAUUCUAUACGGCAACUUGGCUCUGCAGGGUAUGAACUUGAACGAGUGCGGUCUCUCCAUUCCCGCAAAUGGAGCAGAGUUUUUCGACAGCCUUUUGGACAUGUUCCGCCACGAUCAGCCUCUCCAUCUCCUCAAAGGUGAAGAAGACGGCAUCGACAUCGGCAUGUUUAUCCAAGCCGUACACGACCGGAUCGGCACGGAGCCACGCCUCAUUACGCCCACGGACCUGCGCCUAGUCGCGGAUGAAACCACCGGCCGCACCAGGCUCUGCUGCUUGGCCACGCGCGGCGCCUCCAGCGACGGGGAUGCAUUCCGCACCGCCGAGGGGGAGGCCGUCGAGGAGAUUCACCAAGUCGGCCUAGAGCUACACCAGCACGAGCUCGCGGCGCUGGGCGGCGAAAUGCGGCGCCAGCUCGGCCUGCGCUGCUUCAACGAUCUGCGCACGGUGCUGCUCGUCCACGACAAGCGCAUGCUGGGCAUCAUCGGGCAGGAGUUGUGCAGCCUCGUCGCUCGCGGCGUCUUGACGCCCGCGCAAGCGGUGAUCCUGGACAGGGGUGUGGCGCAGACCAUCUUGCCGGGCUCGCCUGAGCUUCUGCGGCUGGCAGCCGGUGGGAACUGCGACGACACGACGAAAGAUGGGUAUCUUCUCAAGCCCGUGCGCUGCGGCAAAGGCGCCGGCAUUGUCUUCGGCGAGGACAUGACCGCGGAGGCAUGGCGCUCCACGCUUAAUGGGCUCCGCUCGACGGCGUCGCCAGACAGCGGUAGCAUGGUGGUGCAGCGGCGCAUCAAGCAGCAGCUAUAUGAUGUGGUGCUCAAGAGGAAUGACGGCAAUGGCAUGGGCGAGAUGAAGCGGAACCACCUAGUCGGCACCUAUCACGUUAUAAAUGGUCGUUAUCUAGGCAUUGGGAUAUGGCGUAGUAGUGCGGAACGCAUCUGCGCUAUUUCGACAGGAGGGUCGUGGAUGUGCUCCGUCAUCCGUUCCUAA